AUGAAAAUAAAAAGAUUAGACCAAACUACUAUUAAUAAAAUUGGUGCUGGAGAAGUUAUUCAAAGACCGUUUAAUGUAGUCAAAGAAUUAAUUGAAAAUUCUAUUGAUGCACAUUGUUCAUCUAUUAUUAUAAGUAUUGGAAAAGGAGGAUUAGAAAGUAUUGUUGUAACAGAUGAUGGAUGUGGUAUUUCACUUGAAGACUUAAAAGUAUUAGGAGGAAGAUAUACAACAAGUAAAAGUAUUGAAGGAGAUACAUAUGGAUAUCGAGGAGAAGCAUUGUCAUGUAUGACAUAUGUUGGUAAAGUGACUAUUAUAAGUAGAACUGCUACAAGUGAAAUUGGUUAUAAAGUUGUAUUUCAAAAUGGACAAAUAACAGAAAAUCCAAUUCCUCUUGCUUGUAGUAUAGGAACAACUGUAAUUGUUAAUAAUUUAUUUGAUAAAAUGUUAAGAAAAAAAUCAAUGAAAGAAACAGAAGAAUAUAAAAAAAUCAUUUCGAUAAUUGGGGACUAUGCAAUUCAUAAAGCAACCAUUGCAUUUACACUUAGAAAAGCAGGAACAUCAGUAUGUGAAAUUAAAACAGAAAAACAUUCAACAAUACUAAAGAAUAUAAGUAAAAUCUUCACAACAAAUAUUUCAAAUAAUCUUCAACAAUAUUCUUAUCAAUGUUUAGAACCACCAUUUCAAAUGAUAUGUUAUUUAAGUAAUUCAAUAUUUCAAGGUAAAAAAAAUAAAAUGAUAUUUUUUGUUAAUGAUAGAUUUAUCGAACACAUUGGACUUAAAAAAGUUAUUGAAAGAAUUUAUGAUGAAUAUUUACCUAAAGUCAAUUAUUUUGUUUAUUUGUCUAUUAAUGUUAAUAAAGAAAGAAUUGAUUGUAAUGUUAAUCCAAGUAAAACUGCUAUAAGACUAUUAGAAGAAGAAAAAUUAAUUAAUCAAAUAGAUAAAUUUCUUAAUUCAAUUAUCAUUGAAUUCUCUCAAACAAGAAGUUUUCCUCCUUCUCAAAUUAAAACACAACCAAUGCCAAAUAUUCAACAAGAAAAAUAUUUUAAUAGAGUUGAUUCUACUUCUACUUCAUUACUUUCUUAUAUUGAUGAUGAUAGAAAAAAGGUAUUACAAAAUACAAGGUCUCAAUAUUCAAUUGGAAAAUCAACUUGUAAUAAUGAAGAAAUACAAAUUGAACAUAACGAAGAAAUUAAAUCUCCUUUUAAAAUACAAAGAAAAAAAGAAAAAGAAAAUGAAGAAGAAGAGGAAAAUGAGUUAAAUAGAAAUGUUUUAAAAGAAGAAAGUAAUGAAACAUCAACAAAAGUACCAAAACAACCAGAAAGUUUAAAACAUAAUACUUCACUCAAAAAAAUCACAAAGAAAGAAAAAGAGAAUAAUAAAAUUCAUAUUGAAGUUAUAAAAAGAAGACCAAAUAAAUUUAAAGAAGACUUUUUACCAAGUUUAACCAAAUUAAGAAAUGAAUUUGAAAAAGAAAAUGUUAAUAUUGAUAUGAUUCCAAUAUUAAAUGAAAGUACAUUAGUUGGAAUGAUUGAUACAUCAUAUGGAAUAAUUCAAUCUAGUACAACUAUGUUUUUAAUUCAUAUUCCUACUAUUAUUCAAGACCUUGUUUAUCAACAAGUUAUUUAUUCAUUUGCUUCAUUUAAUAUAAUAGAAAUAGAACCUAAACUUACUAUUAAUCAAUUACUUGAUGUUACUAAAUUAAAUGAUGAAAAACAACAAUUUAUUAAAAAUCAAUUAAUUCAACAUCGCUCUUUAUUGUUUGAAUAUUUCGCUAUUACUAUCACUGAAAAUGGAGAAAUUACAACACUUCCUGAUAUUCUUCCUGGAUAUUUACCAACUGCUUCUGCUUUUCCAUUUUUUAUUUCUUUAUUUUCAGAAAUAAAAUGGGAUGAUGAGAUAAGUUGUUUAAAAGAAAUUGCAAUAAAUAUUGGAAAAUAUUAUUCAAUUUUACCAACAGAUAUGUCAGUAAUAGAUUUAAAUAAAAUGGUUGAACAUUUAUUAUUGCCAUAUAUUAAAACAAUGUUAAUCCCACAACAAUCAUAUGAGAAUGUUGUUAUUACUCAUAUUGCAGAUAUAGCCAAAUUAUAUCAUGUAUUUGAAAGAUGUUAA